GAAGCUUCAGCCCAGUUUCCAAAGAAGCGAAGACCCAGCGAGGACGGUGGGAGGUGGGUGCAUGCCCAGGCAGAGGCUGUUAGAAGCCAGGCGGCUCUAAAAGAGGAAGGAACCCAGCAGUGGGCGGAGCAGUGGGUCGCAAAAGGCGGGAGAAGUUCUAGAAGCUCAGCCCAGUCUCCGGCCGGUGGAGCCCGCCGAGCUAUCCCUGACAUCCCUCGCAGGCUGACUUCCAGCUGCAGGUCUUGGUUCCCUCCGGUUCUCUGCAGUUUCAAAAGUAUCCCUGUGCUCUGAAGAUACGACUCUUGAACCGUUGUGAAACUAGUGUUCUGCCUGAACUGUCUAUUCAUCUUCAAGCCAUCAUGAACCCUAGAAAGCGCAGAUCCCAGAUCGCAUUUGAUAAAGAGAAUUAUAUGAAAAUUGAUCACUAUUUUUCUCAGGUCAAUAAAGAACAAAAGAAUAAUUCGAAUAUUCCUCCGUUGAAGAGAGGCUGUGUAAAAGGUCCAAAAGAUGUAACUAACACCCAGGCUCAAGGGCCCAAAGACCAGACUGGGCCCCCCAAGAAGACAAUUUACAUUACCUUGGGUGUAAACCCCAGGAAGCACAAGCUCACACAUCGCGCAGAGGAGAGCUUCUACGUGGCACUUAACACCCUCAAGGAUGUCAAGAAGGAGAUAGAAACUCAGCAGGGCAAAGAGGUGGUGGCAGUUUUCAGAGAAGGAAUUGAAGGGUACAUAAAUCUUGGAAUGCCCCUCAGCUGCUUCUCUGAGGGCUGCCAUGUGCAAAUCACUUUUGUCCAGAGUAGAAGUAAGCAGAAAGAUGAGAAUCAGGUGUCUGGCCGACACGAAAAGCCAUCCGCCGACUGUGUCAAAUUUUAUAUUCACGCAGUCGGAAAGAGAAAGAAAAGGAUCGUCAAAUGCAGACAUUUUCACAAAGAAGGGUCCAAACUCUGCGUCUAUGCUUUCAAAGGAGAAACCAUCAAGGACGCCCUGUGCAAGGAUGGCCGGUUUCUCUCCUUUCUGGAGAAAGAGGAUUGGAGGCUCAUCAAAAACCUGGACUCCAUUCUAGAAAGCUCACAGACCGUGGAUGACCUGGAAGGCACAGUCUUUGAGGUUGAGGUUGAGAAGAGAAAGAGCUCAGGGGCAGUAGCCGCUCAGAGCUCGGGGUCAGCGGAAGGAAACACCAAUGUGCUGAGAGAGGAAAUUGUGGAUCAGUACCCCCGUUUGAAAAGAGAAAGUGAAAAAAUAAGAGAAAACUUAAGGAAAGAAAUGAAAAAUAAAAAAAUCAAAACAUUUUUUAAGUUGCUUGAAGUAAAGUUUGGGAAAAUGACAAGAAACUCCACCCCAAUCAGAGUGCACGACUUUCUUUCUCUUGCCGGUGCCUCCGUGGGGCACCUGUCCUGGGACCGAAAUGGAAAUGGGGGUUAUGCCACCUGCUUUGUUUUCAAAGACUUGUUCGUUUUCACCUGUCGGCAUGUAAUAAGUGACUUCAUGGGAAAAGGAAUAGAGCCAAGCAAGUGGGCAGACAUAAUUGGUCAAUGCGCAAGGGUGACAUUUAGUUAUAACAGCGUCUUCCAGAAAGAAGAGAACUGCUUUUCUUUUGAACCGUGGUUUGAGGUAUCUGAUGCAACUCUUGAUUAUGCCGUCCUGAAACUGAAGGCAGAUGGCCAGCGAGUACCUCUGGGACUCUAUAAUAGAAUUGCUUCUGCACCAUCUGAUGGGUUGAUAUAUAUCAUUGGCCAUCCGAAUGGAGAAGAAAAGUCUAGUGAUAAAUGUACUGUGAUCUCUCAGGGUCAGCGAGGAAAGAAAUAUGAGGAACAUCUUCAGGUUGAAGAGGGAGAGGGUUGCAAUUAUGGAAUGAAAUACAUCCAUAUGUACUGUAAAAGAGCCUUCGAGAAAAUAGCUCACAACCCUGAUGUGAUUACCUAUGACACCUCUUUUUACUUUGGGGCUUCUGGCUCCCCAGUGCUUAAUUCAGAAGGUUCGUUGGUGGCCAUGCAUACUGCUGGCUUCACUUGUAAUAAUGAACUUGGGUUAUCAUCUCACCUCAUUGAGUUUGGCUCUACUCUGGAGUCCAUCCUCCAUGAUAUCAAGGAAAAACACGGACAGUGGUACACAGAAGUAUGUAUGAGUCCGCAAGAUGUAGAAAUGGUGAGUGAUGAGGAUUGAGGGUGGUGAGAAUUCAGCUUCUUUACUCACUUUAAGGGAAUUGUUCCAUAUGGGGUGGUUAUUCCAUAAGCAAUGGCGAUCAUGUCCUAAAUUCCAAAAUCGUAAAUUUGAUUUAAAAAGUUAGUUUUAGAACACUUCCUAUGUGCCACUCUUCUUAGCAUGUGAAGACUAUAGCCCUACAAGUGGGCUAUUAUGCCUAUUUUAAAGUUGAGCAACGUCAACAGUGACAAGAUUAGGACACUAAUACUAGUGUAACCCUGUGGGGCGUUUUUUCCCCCAUUUCUUUGUCUUCCCAUAAGUUCAGUUGCUUGAAGGCAGGAUCUAACUCGUGUUCAUCUCAUUAUCCCCAGCAUCUGGAAGAGGCAAAUAAGUGCUUAGAAAAUGUGUGGGUCCAUCAGUAGCAUCAUUUAAGGCUUCUGUUAAGCUUAAUUGAGGAACUAAAUGGUUGGUUGGAAAUAAUCUCAAACAAAAUUUUUAGAAUUUCCAAACUCCUCAUAUUACUAAAGCUCAGGAUACAUGUGUUCUGAAAUUCACAGGGUAAUACCCACUCUUUUUAUAUUAUAGGCUAUUAGGGCAAAGAGACUGUCUUAAAGAUCAUACUAUUUUAUUCAUAUGUCCAUAGUUUUUACCUAAUAACCUUUUUUGUUUUAGGAUCACAUGCACGUUACAAUUAGUUGUUGUGUCUCCUAAGGCUCCUUCCUCAUGGCUGUUGCAGGUUCUCAGGCUUUGACCAGUGACCUUGACAGUUAGGAAAUGUACUGGUGACUUAUUUUGUGGGAUAUCCUUCUAUUGGAAUCUGUCUGGUAAUUAGACUGGGGUGGUGAGGUUUGGAGAGUAAAACCAGAGGGGCACAGUGCCUUUUCACUAUGUCAUAUCAAGGGUACAUAUUAUCCGCCUGAGUUAUGAUUUGGUGUUGGCUUUGAUGCCCUGGCCAAGGUAGUACUUAUAGGUCUCUCUACCAUAAAUUUACUCCUUCCCCCUCCUUUCUAGAAUGCACUUUUUAGAAGGAACUUUUAUUCACAGCCCACACCUAAGGAGUGAGGAGUGUAGAUAGGGAACUCUUAUCUACAUAAUGGAUCCUGCCUGAGAGAUUUGCUUCUUCUCUCCUUUAUUUAUACCAGUGUGGGCUCAUAGGUAUGUGUUGAGUUAUAAUCCAGAUUACUGUGUUUCUCAGAUUUUUCCAACGUUGGUCACUGGGAGCACUUUCAUUUGGCUCUUGUGCCUCCGUUGCCAUAUUCCCAGGAGGGUGUUGUGUUUCUUUCCUGGUUUUUCUAAGCACUUUCUUAUGUUGUGGUCCUACAAGGUGCUCUAGGCUCCUCUUAAUAUUGCCUGUCCCAGUCCCAUCAUCCUCCAUUUCUCCAAGGAGCCCUUGGUUGCUUUUAGUGGAGAAGAGUAUUAGAAACCAAGAUCUGGGCACUAGGUAUAUGAUUUUGCUAGUGGGGUAUUAUUUCUCUUUAUGCCCGCCCCACAGACAAGCAAAGAAUUAUGUGUGUGUCUACUAACUCGUAUAGCCAGCCUCCUUAGCUCAUUCUUGGUUUCACUUUCUGGGGCUUCGGUUACCUGGGGUCAACUGCAGUCUAGAAGCAGAUGAUCUUCCUUCUGUCUUAUCGCCGGAAGGUCAGUGGAAGCCUGACGUUGCAUCACAAAGCCUCUGUCAUCUGCCUCCCUCCAUCUCAUCAGACAGGCAUUUUACCAUCUCACAGCAUCAUAAGAAGGAGAGUCCAAUAUGAUAUUUUGAAGGAUAGAUGGCAUUUACAUAGAUUUUAUUACAGUACCUGGUUAUAAUUGUUUAUUUUAUUAUGAGUUAUUGUUGAUCUCUUAUUGUGCCUAAUUUAUAAAUUAAACUUUUUUAUAGGUGUGUGUGUGUAGGAAAAAACAUAGUACAUAUAGGGUUUGGUCCAUCCCCUAGGGGUUUUGGACGUGUAGGGGUAGAGGGGGGAACUGUUGCCUAUCUGCAAGCAUUUCUUUAAAAAAAUUUUUUUUAAAUGCUUAUUUAUUUUUGGAGAAACAGCAUGAGUGGGGGAGGGGCACA